AUGCCUUCAGCAGAUUCCAAGCCCAGGACCUUAUACGACAAGGUCUUUCAAGACCACAUUGUCAAUGAACAACCAGACGGCACAGUUCUUCUCUAUAUCGACAGACAUCUUGUCCACGAAGUCACCUCUCCGCAAGCAUUCGAAGGUCUGAAGAAUGCGAAGCGAAAAGUUCGCCGACCCGACUGCACUCUCGCCACGACCGAUCACAACGUGCCCACCACCCCACGGAAAAACUUCAAGAACGUCGCAGAGUUUGUCAAGGAAGAGGACUCGCGACUGCAAUGUGUCACUCUCGAGGAAAAUGUCAGAGACUUCGGCCUGACCUAUUUCGGCCUGGGGGACAAAAAUCAGGGCAUCGUCCAUGUUAUUGGACCCGAGCAAGGUUUUACCCUGCCCGGCACCACCGUCGUGUGCGGUGACAGCCACACAUCCACUCACGGUGCAUUUGGUGCACUGGCGUUUGGUAUCGGCACCAGUGAGGUCGAGCACGUCCUGGCCACCCAGUGCUUAAUCACUAAGAAGAGCAAGAACAUGCGGAUACAAGUCGAGGGCAGAUUAGCUCCAGGUGUCAGCAGCAAAGACAUCAUUCUUCAUGUCAUUGGGGUCAUUGGCACCGCCGGGGGGACGGGUGCGGUCAUCGAAUUUUGCGGCUCAGCUAUUCGCGGUCUCAGCAUGGAGGCGCGCAUGUCCAUUUGCAAUAUGUCCAUUGAAGGCGGCGCCAGGGCAGGCAUGAUCGCUCCUGACCAGACUACAUUCGAAUAUUUGAAGGGACGACCACUGGCACCCAAGGUCGACAGCAAUGAAUGGAAGAAGGCCGUGAACUAUUGGUCAAGCUUAAAGUCAGAUGAGGGCGCCAAAUACGAUGUCGAGGUUUUCGUUGAUGCAAAGGACAUCUCACCCACCGUAUCGUGGGGUACUUCGCCUCAGGAUGUUGUUCCUAUCACUGGUGUCGUUCCCGGACCGGACAACUUUGAGGACGCCAACAGAAAAGCCAGCUGCAAACGUGCUCUUGAAUACAUGGGCCUGGCUCCCGGCACCAGGAUGGAAGACAUUGAGCUGGACAAGGUAUUUAUCGGAUCCUGCACCAAUUCUCGGAUCGAGGACCUCCGCGCCGCCGCUAGGAUCGUGGAAGGCAAGAAAAUCGCCCCGAACCUCAAGAGGGCGAUGGUCGUACCUGGUUCAGGCAAUGUCAAAGCCCAAGCCGAGCGCGAGGGACUCGAUAAAAUCUUUAUGGACGCCGGCUUCGAAUGGCGGGAGGCCGGAUGCUCAAUGUGCCUUGGCAUGAACCCGGACAUACUUUCACCGAGAGAACGCUGUGCAAGCACAUCGAACCGCAAUUUCGAAGGUCGACAGGGUGCGUUAGGCCGAACGCAUCUCAUGUCUCCCGUCAUGGCAGCGGCAGCGGCCAUCGUCGGAAAACUAGCUGACGUUCGCAAACUCGUGGAUGACGCCACUCCCACCAAAGCAUCGCCGAAGCUCGAUGUGGCGCCGGAGGUUGCUGAAGUCGACUCCGAAGAGGAACUCGACCGCAUCCUUGACAUUCCCAGCGAUACGGCUCCCGCGGUUAACCACGGCGGUGACUCUGCUGCCGGUGUAUCAGGUGGCCUUCCCCAGUUCACGGUGCUCAAGGGCAUCGCGGCGCCUUUGGAAAAAGCCAAUGUUGACACGGACGCCAUCAUCCCUAAACAGUUCCUCAAAACGAUCAAACGCACCGGCCUCGGUUCUGCGCUCUUCCAUCCCCUCCGCUACAACGAGGAUGGCAGUGAGAACCGAUCUUUCAUCCUAAACCAAGAACCCUACCGUCACUCGAAGAUCCUGGUCGUUACUGGACCGAACUUCGGCUGCGGUAGCUCGCGCGAGCACGCCCCAUGGGCAUUGCUAGACUUUGGCAUCAAAUGCGUCAUCGCACCGAGCUACGCAGACAUCUUCUUCAACAACACGUUCAAGAACGGCAUGCUGCCCCUGGUCAUGCCCGACCAGGUAGCUCUGGAGAAGAUUGCUGAUGAGGCCCGCGCCGGUCGGGAGAUUGAAGUCGAUCUGCCGGCGCAGGUAAUUCGAGACGCUGAGGGCAAGGAGCUCGCGCGCUUCGACGUCGAAGAAUUCCGCAAGCACUGCCUCGUCGAAGGCCUAGAUGAUAUUGGCCUGACCAUGCAGAUGGAGGGCAAGAUCGCCCGGUUUGAGGCCAAACGGACACUCGAUACCCCUUGGCUAGAUGGCAGUGGCUAUCUGAAGAAAUGGCGCAAGGGUCCCGUCAAGGUCGAAGCCGCGCCUGUCCCCAGGACAAAUCGCGGCGACGUCAAGACUGAUCCUGUCGAGUGGUAG